AGGAUGGCAUGGGUGGGUAGGAGAGGGCAAAUGGAGAAUGAAGUGUGCUGGAGCGAGGGGAAUAAGGGGAGGGAGCGGAUGUCAGGAAGGUAGCUGUGAGAGGAGGGGAUGAGCCGCUGCGAGCCGCCUGGCCCGCGUCCCGAUCCGUUUUCACUUUCGCCUGCAACCGCUGCGCGUCGGCGUCGGCUGCCGAGCUGGGGGCUGCGGCCGUGCACCGAGCGAUGGCCACCGCCACCGUGUCCCUGAGCCGGGACAGUCUGGCCUGCCCCAUCUGCCUGGACCUGCUGAACGAGCCGGUGACACUGCCGUGCGGCCACAGUUUCUGCCGGGGCUGCAUCGGCCGCCACUGGGAGAUGCAGCAGAGCAGCGGUUGCAGCUGCCCGAGCUGCCGGCGUAGCUUCGAGCCGCGGCCGUGGCUCGGCACCAGCACGCUGCUGGCCCAGAUCGUGUGCGGUCUGGCUCAGGGUACGCCGCCGCCGGCAGCCGCCGGGCCCGGCGAUGUGACCUGCGACUCAUGCCCCCGCCAGCAGCCGCUGAAGGCCGAGCGCUCCUGUCUGCAGUGCCUGGCCUCGUACUGCCAGGCGCACCUGCAGCCGCACCGACAGAGCCCGGCCUUCCGCCACCACCGCCUGGCGCCGCCGCUCCGCGACCUGGGGCUGCGCCGCUGCCCGUUGCACGGCAAGCCGCUGGAGAGCUACUGCCGCACCGAGCGCCGCUGCGUGUGCUGGGUCUGUGCCCUGCGGGAACACCGCGACCACCAGGUCAGCACCGUGGAGGAGGAGGCGGCACGCAGGCAGAAGCUGAUCAUGGAACGGAAGAAGGAAUUAGAGGAACAUUUACAGAUCACAGCCAAUGAGAUUGGAAAGUGGAUUCAAAACAUUGAUUGUAUCAAGGAGUCCACCCAGCGGGUGAAGGGCGAUGCCUUGGCCAAGUUCAGCGAGCUGAUCGGUGCCGUGCAGGUGGCACAGAGAGAGGUGCUGGGGUUCAUUGAGCGGGAGCGGCAGACGGAGCUGAACCGGGCCGAGCGGGUCAGGAAGGAGCUGGAGCAGAGGUGGUCAGAGCUGAGGCAGGAGAAGGUGCGGCUGGAGGCCCUGUCCCAGAUUGAAGACAGCAUCGCCAUCUCGCAGGAGUAUCUGGAUUUUAACGACAUUGCGGAGAAUCCUGCCUCACCCCCUUUAACAACUGGCCUGGAAGCUAAACUUGGCAAGGUGGAGAGAGCUGUCUCUGGACUCUCCACUCUGAUUAAAGACCAUGUGCAAACUGCCUGGACUAAGAACCUGGAGAACAUUGGCUCAGCAGAUGAUGAAGAACCUAUUCUGAGCCCUUCGGCCAGCAUCUCCCAUGAGGAUCCACUGCUCCCUGAAGCACAGAGAAGGGAGGACCUCUUGCAAUAUCGCUGCCAGCUUACGUUGGAUCCCAGCACGGUACAGAAGGAGCUGUACCUGAGUGAUGGAAACCAGCGAGUGACCAACAUCUACCCGAGGUCGGAGGAUUAUGAGCACGGCCCCGAGAGAUUCGACCUGUGCUCCCAGGUGCUGUGCCGGGAGCCGCUGGGCGGCGGGCAGUUUUACUGGGAGGUGGAGCUGAACGAUGGCGACGCCAUGAUCGGCAUCACCCACGGGCAGAUCCGCAGGAAAGGCUCGGACAGCUGCUGCAUCCUGGGCCGCAACCUGUUCUCUUGGUGUGUGGAGUUCUGGUACAACAACGUGUCGGCUUGGCACAACAACGAGGAGACCAGGCUGCAGGUGGGCAGAUACGGCCGUAUCGGAGUGUGCCUGAACUGCCCAGCCGGCACGCUGACCUUCUAUGGAGUCACGGAGCAGGUGGUCAUCAUCCACCAGUUUCAUGCCACUUUCAACAAACCCAUGCACCCAGCCUUCUGGGUCUACUGCGACACCACACUUGGCAUCUGCCAGUGCCCUUAGUAUCUGCCAGGGGCUACACAGUCAAUCAAGCACUUACUUUUAGUGUGUUCAUAAAGAACCUAGGAGAUGAUCAUCUAUUUUUUUUCUGCCAUCUUUGUCGAGAUAUAAAAACUGGCCCAAAUACCAGGAAGGACUUCUCCUGGGCCUACUUGAGGUGGAAGGCAGGUAUUCCUCUGAGAAAUGCCACCUCCAGCAGCGGGGGAUUCCCUCUGGACUGCCCUGAGAAUAAAUACAGACAGUACUGGAAAUGCUCAGCAGGUCAGGCAGCAUCCGUGCGGAGAGACAGAGAGUUGAGUUGCAGGGGGGAUUGUUUAGAUGGAUAUGACAAAGAGAAUAUCUGUGGUAGAAUGAGACCAAAUGGGUUGAUGUGGUGACUAGAAGCAGAUUAUGCUGCUUUGUCUGUAUGUUAUGAGUUGCUGGUUGCACAACAGUGGACAUGCCCAACUGGU